UAAUAAAAAUUUUAAAAAAUUAAAAAUAACCAAAAAUAAUUAAAAAAUAAAUAAAAAAUAAAAAAAAAACCAAAAUCGGCAGCCAGAAGCCCAGCCACCGAACCUCGAUUCCUUGUCGCUGGCGAUCUGCUCCCUCACUGGCAGGCGCGCCGGCGGCCGCCAACCCCCCCUCCCAUUCCCUCCCCUUUCCUCGUCGCGACCCACCUACCCUUUAAACUCAAAACCCCACUCUUCAACGGUCGCUGUUUGAUGUACGGCCAGCCACUAUUCUUGUAGGAUUCCGGCGUGGGUGGGUCGGAAUUCCUUCAGAACUCACGACUUGGUCUCACCUCGUCACGGGUCGCAAACCAGUGGAAAUCGAAGUAUAGCUUAGCGCCGAUGUUAACCCCUGAGAACCCUAGGCCUGGACUGACCUCGCACUUCUUCGUUCUCUUGAAGGAACGCAGGUAACGACCUUUGGUGGCCUUCCCUAGGUCGUUCGGAAUGGUGAUCAGGAAGCCACCAUUGGAAGAACAGUGGCUGAGGCCGUCGGAAUGGUGAUGGCAGAGGCUCAAAGGAGGAGGGUGGGGUUUCGGGUUUUGGGUUUGAAGGGUGGGUGGGUCGCGAGGGGGAAAGAAGAGGGGAAGGGGAGGGGGCCGGCAGCUGCCGACGCGCCUGCCGUUGCAGGUUCCGGCGACUGGCUGGGGUUUGGCCGGUGAGGGUGGUAGAAGGGGUGGUGGGUGGGGAUUUGGUGGUUUUUUUAAUUAUUAUUUUUUUUUUUAAUUUUUUUUAAAUAUUUUUGGGUUUUUUUUUUAAUUUUUGUUUAUUUAUUUUUUUUAAAAACGGACCAAUCAUAAGGUGACACGUGGCAAAUGAUGGGGUCAAUUAACGGCCGCCAGUCAUUAAUGACACUCGCUGAUUUUUUUUAAAACUCGGUGGCAUUUAGUGAAUUUUAAAAACCUUCGUGGCAUUUGGUGAAUUUUGCAAUUGCUCAAUGACAUUUGGUAAAAUAGCCGCGAAUUUUAUUAUUUUGCUUGGUCACGUGACCCACCAUGACCUAAGGUUGGUCCGCCACUGCUACUCUAACAGACUAACACCCUUUUUCUCAUUCUCAAACCAAAAAAACACACCCUUCUUUCUCCUGGGUUUAAAAAAAACGCUCUUACACACCCUUCUUUCUCCUGUGUUUAAAAAAAACGCUCUUUCUCCUCUCUCUUCACCAAGCCACCACAGCGUUCUAAUCUUCAUAAAUUUACUCUUCAAUCUUUAUAGAGUAAUAAAAAUUUAUCAUGUAGUUGGAACUCUCGAAAUUGGCAAAAACAAGUGGCUGAAAAAAUUGAAAGAUCGACUAAUAUUAUUUAUUUUGGGGUUUUUACAAGCUUAAAUUCCAUGGAAAGCAGUCGUCAGCAUUUGAAGCGCAAAUUUUGGGACACUCCAAAGCCGUUGUUCAAUCCAUGGAGGAGAGUACUGCGCCCCUGCCGCCCACGACAUGGCAUACACUUUGAAAAGGCAAAUCAGUUUGGAAAUUUGAUGAAUAUGUUGAGAACAACAUGCACUUGGAUUGUAAAACAAAGCGUGCUGCUUUGGUGGCAUCUCCAUUUGUUGUUUGCCUCACAUGAUGCCCAACGGCUAUUUAUAUGUUCGGGGACUAUAGUGCACUCCUAUGGUGUAGAUGGUGAAUACUUUAGUACAGUUUUGACUUCUGCUACCCUUAUUAGAUGUCCUAAAAAAGAAGAUGCUAUUGCUGAUGAUAUAAAGGUGAAUGUCCGUUUGUUUGAUCGUAGUCUUUGUGAGGGUGAAAUACUAGUUUAUGACUUCCAUUAUAAUGUUGCAGCUAUACGAAUCAAGUCUGAUGUUAGAUUGCAAACAGCUGUUAUUGGAAAUCUUGACGAUUAUACCGAGUGUCAUGUUCGCUUUAGUCAUUCACCGCCAUUUAAGCUUGUCCCUCAUCGUGAUGCUACAACAAGCUCAGAACUCAUUAAGCUCUGUCCGGGGAUGGCAGUAAUUGCAUUGGGUCGAUAUAAUGACGACCCAUACCACAUUAUGGCAGCACCUGGCAAGCUUAUUUUGAAGGAUUGUGGAUUAGAUUGUGGAGAGCUUGUCAUGGCGGAUAGUGAAAUCACCAAGAAUGGUAUUGGAGGACCACUGAUUAAUUACAGUGGACGUCAUUGGACUAAACUUGUACCAGGCAGCGUAUACUCCUUUUUUACCUAUCAAUAAAGCCUUAAAAUGCUUGGAGCACUUGCUGAAAUAUAGGAAAAGGAUGGACCAUUACAAUUUCAUUCAGAAGAUAUAGUUGGUGUGAAGUUAUCCGAAAAGCAAAGAGCACGAUUUUACAAGAAAAUGGCUCUGUAAUUGUUAAGGUAGAAGUGUACGAAUCAGAAAUCCUCAUGUUUGAUUGGGAAGGAGCAGGUGUAUUUAUUUCUAAGGAAGGACACAUAUUGACCUUAUCACAUAUAAUUUGUGGAAAAAAUGAGAGUGCUAAAAUAAAAGUGACCACAAAGGAGGAGCUAACAUAUGAUGCUUAUGUGAUGUCGAUUGAUGAAUCAUUAGGUCUUGCUAUCCUUUCCAUUUCUGAAUCAGAUAUUCAAUUUUCUUAUGCAAAGAUUGGUAAAAAUGUAUGUCUUGGAGAAGAGGUUUAUCCUAUUGGUUAUCCGUUUUUCUUGGGUUUUUCAUAUCCAGUUGGACAAGUUUCAUUUUCUUGUCGGACACAUGGAGAGUUAUGUGAAUCUUUAAGAGAAGAAAUGUUGACAAACGAUAUGUUAAAUAAAAGAGGUGAAAAGAGUUAAGACCCUAGUGCAAAAUAUAUAUGUUAUGUCGACAACUUAGAACACUUACAGACCCUAUCUCCUUCGGUGUCGUUUGUUCAAGGAAAUAAUUUUCAUGGUGAUGGCAUGGGUCGAGCAAGUGGAAUGCCAUUAUUUAACUGUCAUGGGGAAAUUAUUGGCAUGUACUAUGUAGUAGCAUAUGAUCAGUGUUUUGGAAUUCAUGCCAAAACACUCAAACCAUUUUCUUAAAAGUGUUUUUCCAGAUGGUUUGUCUCAAAAGAAAAAGAAAAAGGAAACAUGGAAACACAAAGGUGAUAUAGCUUUCAAUUUAUUUCCUACCUAUAUUUAUACAAAGUAUUUCCUUUCUCCAGUAUGCAUGUAUACUUAGUAACUAUAAUUCUUAGCCUUUUAACUUGAUAUCUCUUUAGUUUUUAUACAAUAACCUUUAAUGAUAUUCAACAGACUCUACAAGAUGUCAAUCCUUAGUUUUGUAAAUUAUUUCCCUUUUAUCAUAUUAUCUGACUUUAUUGUGUCUUAUGGCACCAUACAUUAGCCAAUCGAGAUUUUUCUUUGAUGUUAGAAGAAAAGAUGAUUUUAUGUAAGGAUUUUUUUUUUAUGAUUUGCAUUUACUUCUAUGUAAAAUAAUAUAAAGCUGAACUUCUAAGAUCAUAAAGCAAUUUUAGGUAUAAGAUAUGAUUUGCAUUCAGUGAAACUCGAAUUCAAGUAGUAGCUAAUUGAUGAUGUGA